ACUCAGCGUCAGGUGGCCAUGUUGCCUGGAGACACUGAUAUCUGCUCUCACUGACUUGACUGAUGAUGUGUCGCCUCGCUCGGCUGAUCUCCGGCUGAUCUCCUGUAACGACGCUUCAGUCUGCCGGCCUCUCCCUGGACAUCCGGAGGAGACGCUCCUCAUCUCACACUUGUUAUCUCUCACGCAGACCCGAGCAGAUCUUUGAACCUUUCUUUGGACUUUCUGCGUGAUCCUCUCCGACCAUGAUUGGCGUCAACAGCCUGCACUCUGCGGGGCGCCUGCGCUCGCGCUCUCUUUGCACCGUGCGCUACGGAAGGGACUUCCGGAUGAUGGACCCGUUCCGCUAUCCCAGAACCCCUCGCUCCCGCUCCCUGAAGCCUCUGGUGUUUCCAGACCUGCUGGGCAAAGCUCAGGACGGACAGAACCACCCACAGGCCAGGAAGAGGAGGAAGGCUCUCUACAACUCAAUCAAGAAUCAGAAGCUGCAGUGGACACUUGACGAGGAAGAGCUGCGGAAGUCGUUCUCGGAGCUCGGGGACAGUCUGAGCGAGACCAACACCUCUCGAUCCAUGAAGAGGGUGGCCAGCAGCGGGAAGCCCCUGUCGGAUGAGGCGGAGCCCUCGGGAAUGCUGCUGUACAAGAACGGAUUCCUGGUUCGCAAAGUCCACGCAGACUCGGACGGCAAGAGAACACCAAGAGGGAAACGAGGCUGGAAGACGUUCUACGUCAUCCUGAAAGGGCUCAUUCUCUAUCUGCAGAAAGGGGAGUACAGGCCUGAUAAGCAGCUGUCUGAUGAGGACCUGAAGAACGCCGUGUCCAUCCACCACUCCCUGGCCAUGAAGGCGUCAGACUACAGCAAGAGGCCCAACGUGUUUUACCUGCGGACCGCGGACUGGAGGGUUUACCUCUUCCAAGCACCGAACGCAGAGCAUAUGCAGUCUUGGAUCACCCGGAUCAACACGGUGUCCGCCAUGUUCUCAGCUCCUCCCUUCCCGGCGGCCAUCGGCUCCCAGAAGAAGUUCAGCCGGCCGCUGUUGCCGGGGACGAUGUCAAAACUCUCUGAGGAGGAGCAGGUCAGAUCCCACGAAGCUCGAUUCAGAGCCAUCUCCACGGAGCUGGCCGAGCUGCGCUCUUAUCCUCCCGACCGCAAGGUCAAAGGCCGCGAGCUGGAGGAGUAUCGCCAGCGAGACGAGUAUCUGGAGUUUGAGAAAACACGUUAUGCGACCUACGUCAUGCUGCUGCGAGCUAAAAUCCGGAGCGGUGAGGAGGACCUGUCGCUGUUUGAGUCCCAGCUGUUGGAGGACAACGGGCUGCAGCGGGCUCACUCCAGCCCGACCCUGCAGGACAGCAGCCAGGCCAGCCAGGCCAGCCAGGCCAGCAGCACCAGGGACGGGGGCAACAGCAGCAGAGCCAGUGGCUGCAGCAGCAAAGUGCGGCAGGAGGGUCAGAGACACAGCUACCGACAGGCCGUCAAGAAGUGAGACAGGGUGGGGGCGCCGGGAGCGGCACGGCGUUGCACUGCCAGCGGCAGGCUGUCUCCCUGCAUAGGUUUUUAUUUGAGGUCCAGAUGGGUUUGGAGCUCUGCUUGAAGGGGGAGCUGCAGUGAGGGUCUCCCCCUCGCUCUCCCCCGACCAUGACGCCCUACCCGGCACCCCAAUCCUCUCAUCUAACAGAGGAGGUGCAGAUCCUGUGACUGGCGGAGUGGCUGGGAAACACCAGCGAGGCUGCAGGAGGUGGGAGGAAACAGAUCUGCAGGGACGAGGUGUCUUUGAGAACCAACGCUGGUUGCGGUGGCAGACUGUCCCGUGCACGGAGAUAAAGAGCGUGCACAGAUUAAGGGACCUACAUCCAGCAUCCGUUCCUUUCCCCCUUUUGUUCUUUCAAGGCACCUCUCCGACCACGUCCUCCCUCCUUUUUUCUCUCCUUUCACUCAGUUUUGGGACCAAACACGUUUACACAUUUUAAAGCAUCACACUCACGAUGACUGAGGGUUUGAUUUCAGCUGAACUGUUAGUUAACGGACGGAGCCAUCACAUUCCAGCUCCUUUCUUUAAUGCCACACCUCCACGGUGUGUGUUCACAUUCCGUGCCGGAGACGGACAUCUCAGCGUUUCACUCCUGAGGGCGGAGAACGAGUUGAGUCUGUGGACGGUGCGCGGCGCGUCACGAGGAGGCGUUGGGGCUGGAGCUGCAGCACUGAACACGAUGAGAUGGUGCAGCUCCGCGCAGCUCGUCUCCUCCUCUCCCUCAUCGCUCAUGUCCAGUUAGACGCAGCGGCAUCAGUAGAAGUUCACAGGACUCCUGAUAUGCAAACAAACCUGCAUCUCAUUUAAAAGAGCUCUUUUCUUUGCCGCGCUUGAACAGACGACCUCUUUCUUGCUCUUGCUUCUGUCCCGUGACGUGCUUCUGUUUCUAUUUCUUCUUCUUGGCCGAAUGUUGUUUUUCUCCAGUGAUCCGCAUGCCUGCAUCCAGCACCGCUUCUUUUAGGCCUUUUACUGCAAAACUGAGAGCGAGCACAGCCGCUCUCUCUGGGGUCAUCUGAGUCGUCCGCCUCAUGCCGGUGCCAACAUGCGUAAUCUUUGUCUGUACUUAUAGCCUCUCAUUUAUAAACACUAUUUGAACACUCACCAGGCAGACCCUGAAUGUUCAUGGUUUUCAGUAUUUUUACAGUAUUUUACAGUUGUUUGUCAAUGUUGAACAUACUCCUCCUGUGUAUGUCAAGUGUGUGAUGAAAUAUGCUAUUGAAAAAGAAGAUAUAUCCAUACUCUUUGUAAACGUUCAGGAUAUGUUGUAUAUAUAACGCACCCCCUGCUGUACGCUGAUAUCGUAGGAUAUAUUUACAAUAUAUUCAACACACUAAAGUGGUUGUUAGGUUCAGGCACACACAGCUGACAUUGAUCGUCACACGUUGUUUUCUCGUUGUUGUUUUUUUUUUUAUUUCUUCGUACAAUUCAGCACAAUGCGAGUGUUGUAGUAAAGUCUGUGUACCUGUCAGAGAUCAGGAGGGUGUUUACGCCACGUGACCGUGAAGCGAACAAGCAGAGCAAAGUGGGGGAAGUAUUCCAGAGGAGCGCAUGAGUUCACCAGGACCUGAGAGCAUGACUUUAUGAUCAGGGUCCGUGCUUUUGUGAGCGAUGCAUGAAAAAGGUUGAAGUGUGUAAAAAAGAGGAAGGAGAACUGUGAUGGUGAAGCUUCUCGUGGAGGAGGUAGUGGGGCAGACUGGGACGUUGGGAACAUUAUGGUUUUGGCAGCCAUACACACCUCAUAGCGUUCUGAUAUCGAUGUAUCGCCAUUUUCUACUCAGGCUUUUCUUAAAAUGACACCUUGAGCAGCUGCGGUGCCAGGGUCCCACCAGCAGGGAGAGCUGUCAACAUCCAGUUAGGUUCUUUCAGCCAUAAUCGAAACCUGCUGCACCCGCAGUGAAUAUGCAGUGAGUCGCCCGCUCACCUGAGGACGAGGCUGACAGGGCUAAAUGACACAGGACUUGUUUUUACUACUAUGGAUGUCAAGUGUGUGUGUGUG